AUGUGUGCAAGCUUCACGAUCAAGCUUGCCAAUCCCAGAUUUCGCAAUGUCGCUACCAGCCAAACUGGAUCCAGGGGUCGACCUCUUCGAAGACGACGACCAAAAAAUAUUUUUUGGGCUAGUUGCGACAUUGAACGUGAAACUUUCACACAAGGUGCAGUUGGCCAAGCCGAGCCCAUUGCUCUAUUCAAAACCCCACGUUUCAUU